UACAGACAUCAAUAAUAAUAGCACCAGUAGCAGCGGUUACCCGCUGAAACCCCGCGAAGGGGCAAAGCCCCGGCAAGCUCAACCAACAAUGUCGGUUCUCCAAAUCCCCCUCUCUUCUGCUCUCUCUCACUCCCUUUCUCUUCCACAACCUCAUUCACCCACCGACAUUCAAAAACCACCUCCUACCUUUUACUCCGACGCCGGCGAGCCCGUAUCGCCGUCUUCAUCAUGGGUCGAAACCCUUCGUUCUCACUCCCGCUCCAACUGCUUCCACUCCGCUCUUCGCACCUACGUCUCCAUGACCGCCGCCGGAGCCCUUCCUGACCAUUUUGCCUUCCCCGCAGCCAUCAAAUCCUCCGCCGGCGUCCAUGACCUCGCCUUAGGCCGCCAGCUCCACGCCGCCUCCAUCAAAUCCGGUUAUAUCUCGUCACCCGUCGCUGUUCCGAACUCCCUGCUGACAAUGUAUGCGAAGUGUGGCGAUUUACGCAACGCAAUCAAGGUGUUCGAUGGAAUAUCUGAACGGGAUCAAGUUUCCUGGAAUUCGAUAAUAUCUGCAUUGUGCUUGUUUGAGGAGUGGGAGAUGGCAUUGGAGUGCUUUAGGUUUAUGCUGGAGGAUGGUUUUCAUGAGAGCUCGUUUUCUCUUGUUAGUGUUUCACAGGCUUGUUCGAACCUCGGGAGGCUUGAUGGAAGAAGGCUUGCGAAGGAGCUGCAUGGGCACGGGCUUAGAGUGGGAUUGUAUUCUGAUGGAAAGACAUACACAUAUAAUUCCUUGAUAGGGCUUUAUGCUAAGUUAGGUAGUAUAGGGGAUUCAGUUGUUCUGUUUGAUAUGUUCGACAAUCCUGAUAUGGUCACCUGGAAUACGAUGAUCAGCUCUCUGGCGCAGAAUGAGCAAUAUAUGGAGGCAAUGGAUGUCCUGCAUCGAAUGGUUGUUGAUGGGAUUAAACCAGAUGGUGUUACACUUUCUAGCAUUCUCCCAGUUUGUACCCAUGCCGAUUGGUUGGAUUUUGGGAAGGAGAUUCAUGCUUUUUCCAUCAGAAAUGAUGGUUUGUGUGGGAAUUCAUUUGUUGCUAGUGCACUGGUGGACAUGUAUUGUAACUUUGGAGAGAUUGUGAAGGCCCGUCAUGUUUUUGAUGGAGUUUCAGAACAAAGAUUGGGGCUUUGGAAUGCAAUGAUCUCUGGAUAUUCACAGAAUGCAUUUGAUGAAGAGGCACUGAACCUUUUUAUCGUGAUGGAGGAUGCAGGGUUGUGUCCAAAUGCCACCACUUUAGCUAGUGUCCUCCCUUCUUGUGUGCGUUCCCAGGUGUUUAGCUCUAAGGAAAGCAUCCAUGGUUAUGUUGUGAAGAGGCGUUUAGAGUCUGACAAGUAUGUGCAGAAUGCUCUUAUGGAUAUGUACUCAAGGGUUGGAAAGAUGGAGGUUUCCUGGAAGAUAUUCAGCAGUAUGGGUUCUAGAGAUGUGGUUACUUGGAACACCAUGAUCUCAGGCUGUAUUGCUGCUGACCGGUUCACAGAAGCCUUUAAACUUUUGUCUGAGAUGCAAAUAACAAGAAAGAGAACUGCAGAUUGUGAAGAAGCAGGAGAAGAAAGUAAGAAUUCUGAAAGGCUUUAUCAUCACAGACCAAAUAACAUCACUCUGAUGAUUCUUCUUCCAGCAUGUGCCUCUCUAACAGCACUAACUAAGGGGAAGGAGAUCCAUUGCUAUGCUAUACGUAAUAUAUUAGAUUACGAUAUUGCCGUGGGUAGUGCUUUGGUUGACAUGUAUGCAAAAUGUGGGUGCCUAACUCUUUCUAGAAGGGUGUUUGAGAGAAUGCCCAAACUCAAUGUAAUUACGUGGAAUGUACUCAUCAUGGCAUAUGGAAUGAAUGGGCAUGGACAGGAAGCACUCAAGCUGUUCCAUGAUAUGGUGGCUAGAAGGGAAGUUAGGCCUAAUGAGAUUACUUUCAUUGCAGUUUUUGCUGCUUGCAGCCACUCUGGGUUGGUUAAUGAAGGCUUGGAAUUGUUUAAUAAGAUGGAAGUGGACUAUGGAGUAAAGCACAGUCCAGAUCACUAUGCUUGUGUAGUAGAUUUGCUUGGUCGUUCUGGGCAACUGGAAAAAGCAUAUAAACUCAUCAAGACAAUGGAACCUGACUCAAACCAGGCGGGAGCAUGGAGCAGCUUAUUGGGUGCUUGCCACAUUCACCGAGAUGUUAAACUUGGUGAAAUAUCUGCUAAUCAGCUCUUUGAGCUAGAACCCAAUGAGGCCAGCCACUAUGUUCUUCUUUCUAACAUAUUUGCAGCUUCUGGCCUGUGGGACAGGGCAGAUGAAGUUAGGAAGAGGAUGAAGGAGAUGGGAGUAAGAAAAGAACCAGGUUGCAGCUGGAUUGAAGUUGGUGACAAAGUCCACAAAUUCACUGCUGGGGAUUCAUUACAUCCGCAGAGCGCACGGCUGCAUGCAUACCUUGAUGUUCUAUGGGAAAAAAUGAGGAAAGAAGGCUAUGUGCCAGAUACAACUUGUGUUCUUCACAAUGUUGAGGAGGAUGAGAAAGAGAUUCUUCUUUGUGGCCAUAGUGAGAAACUGGCAAUAGCAUUUGGUUUACUGAACACACCUCCUGGUUCAACUAUUAGAGUUGCUAAAAACCUUAGAAUAUGCCAUGACUGCCACGAGGCCACCAAGUUCAUCUCUAAACUUUUAGAUAGAGAUAUCAUUUUGAGGGAUGUAAGAAGAUUUCAUCAUUUUAAGGAUGGAUUUUGUUCUUGUGGAGACUAUUGGUGACACCACUUACCAAUACCAAAAUGCAUCAGUUAGCACAGUGAGAAGCAUACAUGUGGCUGUCCAGUUGAGCAUUUAGUGUUUUGGAAUAAAAAUGGAAAAUAAAUUUAUACAACCUAUAUCAGCAGUAGGGAAUCAUAUGUUCUCUUUAAAGGAUUGAAUGCAUUAUUCUUUCUUCCCAUUUUAUUUCAGUUUCGACAAGUGUUUAGCAAGUAUAUUCUUCACUUUCUUCGAGAUCUCUCAAGUAGAUAUGGAUUGCUGAUGUCAUGAUUGGUCAAAGAAUGGGUGUCUGUCAUCAUGCUAAUCACAAUUAGGGCACCUAUUUUAAAUAGCAUGAUCUGAUUCUAUUGGAACUGUCAUAUUGAUAAGGUAAAAUUUACUAAUUUUGUCUAAUUGAGCAUGCGGGGAAUAUAAAUAUGCCUUAAGUUACAUGUAAAUAAAUAUGAAUUAUAUUUUCUUUUUGAUUGAUCUGUUCUAGC